ACUUACCGGAAAUGCAUUCUCAUGCACAAACCGAAAAUUACUAGGCUAGUAACUGUACACUAAACUACAGUUGUACAGUAGUUUUCGUAAUCCUGAUUGGCUGAAAAACAAAACUUCAUCAAAAGAUGGCCAAUGUACAUCAAAUAAGCAAUGACGCUGAUUUUCUCACUGAGCUGUCAAAUGCUGGCAUCAAGCUGGUCGUGGCAGAUUAUUUUGCCACUUGGUGUGGACCAUGCCGAGCAAUUGCACCAGCAUUUGCUGACAUGAGCACCAGAUACCCCAAAGCUGUUUUUUUGAAAGUUGAUGUGGAUCAAUGCCAGGAUACUGCUCAGCGUGAAGGCGUUUCAGCGAUGCCGACCUUUAUAUUUUACCGUAACAAAAUUAAGAUUGAUUUGAUGCGGGGUGCAGAUGCCAGUCUCCUGGAAGAGAAAAUCAAGAAAUGGUACACAGAGGACGAAGGAGAGGAGGGAGACAGCCCGGUCAAGGGUCAUAUGGACCUGUCGUCUAUGAUCAACAAAUCUUCCAGUGAAUGCUUGAAUGAAUCUGAUGACCACAAGCUUGAACAUUGUCUUUCUAACAAGGGAGGCUACCUCGAGUCAGACUGUGAUGAGCAGCUGAUUAUAAAUGUUGGCUUCAACCAGACAGUGAAACUUCAUUCAUUAAAACUGCAUUGUACUCAAGGCAAUGGACCAAAAAAUCUCAAGUUAUUUAUAAACCAGCCAACCACACUGGACUUUGACUCUGCUGAUUCCAUGGAACCAAUACAGAUGUUAGAGCUCAAACCUGAAGACCUUGAAGAGAAUGCCAUUAUACCACUGAAAUAUGUCAAGUUACAAAAUGUUCUAAGUUUGACUCUGUUUAUAAAAGAUAAUCAGAAUGGCGCUGACACAACUCGUAUUGAUUAUUUGAGUUUCAUAGGAUCUCCAACUAACAUGACAAAUAUGGCAGAGUUUAAGAGGGUGGCUGGGAAAAAAGGAGAAAGCCAUUAACUGGAGCAGCUUAGGUUGCCAUUGUUGUUGUUGAAGCUUUCCCAUCCAGUCAUGGCUGCCCCACCAUCAGAUCUUCUCCCCUGUCAACCAGUCGGAUCUACAAGACACUAGGGACACAUCGGCUCACCCCAGGCUCGCAAGCUUGGCAUCAUUUUAUGCUUUUUUAAAAUACCUUUUUUUAGCCCAUUUUAUUUAAUUUUUAACAAUUUUUAAACUGUCACUCUUUCAUUAAUUAGAAGCUAAAUUUUAUUCCUGUUUUUUUUUUUUUUUUUUGAAGAACUGAAUUAAGUGUAAAUUAAGUUUAAACAACUUGUUUUUAUAAAAUACAAUUUAUAUAGAGUACAUCUUUCAAUAUCCUUGUCAGCUCCUUUUAUAAUUGUUUCUUUAAAAAGAAAUGUUCCGAGUUUUUCUAAAAGCAUUUAAAUAAUAAAAAAGCUGGUAUGUGAGAAUGUCUGUUUUUUUUUUUAAGCCAUUCCUUUAGUUCUAAAUUAUAAAUGUCAAGAAUCCGUGGAAGCAUAAUGUUUAAACAUGUUGUUCAAAAAAUUAGCUGAAAUAUUUUCUUUAAAUUCAUGUACAGAAGAUGGGAUUUUUUUUUUUAAAUUUGGUUAAAAAUACUUGUUAAUAUACUUUUUCUUAUGGAGAAUAUCAGGUAAUAAACAACUUUUUGAAAUUUUU